AUGGAAGAUUAUAUGUUUUGGUAUGCACAUGGGGAAUUAUAUCCAACACAAGAAAUUGGUCAAUGUUCAAUCUCUGAACCGGCUCAAGACAAUGAUGAAGGUGUGGGUGAUAAUCGUAGAUACGAGCAGAUGAUUAUCGAAAGCAUGCAUCAACCUGAGGCUCCUUACUAUCAACAGGCUCCUUAUUGUCAACAAGCAAAACAAAACCCAAAUCAAUCAGCCCAAACUUUCUAUAAAAUGUUGAACCAAGUUAGCGAGCCUUUAUGGGACGGGUCCAAAAAAGCUUCCACACUCUCCACCACCACCAGAUUGUUGAACUGGAAAUCGGAGUGCAAUGUAUCAGACUCUUCAUUUGAUAGAUUAAUUCCUAUAAUCAAAGACAAUCUACCUAUAGAAAAGCUUCUCAUAUGCAAACUGACCCAACAUAAGGCCCGCUUGCAACCGGAUCUAUCCCGACUGGACCCGGCGUCUGAUUCUCAACGACCAAACCCGCAAUCAUCGUAA